CUUAUAUCCGGUUCAAAACCAUUUCUCUUGUCAGUCCUUCCAGAAUAUAUAUGAUCAUUUCAUGUGUGGCUUUUAAUAAUGUAUCUAAGAUGCUGAGACCGUGUAUUUAACGUGUUACAUAUACACCGAUCUUUUGGAAGUUUGUUUUAUUGAAGUGGACUUAUUUAUAAAUCUUGUAAAAAAAUGGCAAUUGUAGAUGUUGACCAAAUUUGGCUCUCUCUUGGUCAAUGGGGAUCCUACCAGAGACGACAGCUUAUCGUUCUGCUUCUAGCAAUAUGGUCGUGUGGCUUUCACGUGCUGUCGAUCGUUUUUCUUGGUUACAGACCACAAUAUGAAUGUAAAGAAGUUCUAAAUUCCAAUUCUACAGUUGCGGAAAGUUUUAUGAACCAGUCUAUUAUUCGGGAGUAUGAGAAGUGUUCGAUAAAAACAACUCUAAAUGACACAGGGGUGGUAACUGUAACGGAAACUGGAUGCACGAAUGGAUGGAACUAUCAUGAGUUUUACGGCCAGUUUUCAAAUGAAAGAUCAGUUGUUUCAGAGUGGGACUUGGUAUGUGAGAGAAAAGAGCUUGCAGAAGUGUCACAGACGCUUGUUAUGCUUGGACAAGGUUUCGGGGCGUUUAUAUUUACCAGUUUGUCUGAUAGAUUCGGCCGGAAGCGGAUUCAUAUUGUCUGUCACGUGACGUUGUUUGGAAUAGCUUUGGCUACAGCGUUUGUACCAAACUUCUCUUCGUUUGCUGUAAUGCGGAUACUUACAGGUGGUUUCCAACAGGGUACAGGACUUACAAUUGCCAUAUUGAAUCUUGAAAUAAUGCCAAAAGGAGUGCGUGGUUAUGUUGAAGUAUUUGGUCUUCUGUUCUGGACAACGGGUAUAGCUAUCAUUACACCGGUCGCCUAUAUAUUCCGGAACAUGUCAUGGCGUCACUUCCAGACGUGUUUGGCCUGUUUAUCAGCUUGGGCUCUCAUCGAAUGGUGGUUAAUAGACGAAUCGUUGAGAUGGCUUAUCGCGAAUGGACGUGUCAAAGAAGCAAAAGCCAUCAUCAAAAAAGCAUGUAAACUAAACAAAAAAGAUUACGAUGAAGUCGCCUCCGUGAGUGGCUUCCAAGCUUACGAGAUGCAUUCUGGAAUUGAAAUCGAAGUGCAAAAAGAUACAAAGAAAACACCAGAAUCUGAUACUGAGGUAUUGACAACAGAAAAUGGUAUUGCUAAUGGCAUGGACAAGAACGUUGUUUCCACCAAGACAUACACAGCCAUUGACCUUAUAAAAUCUAAACGAUUAUUUUUAACUUCUAUUAUUAUGUGGUUUGCCUGGAUUACGAACAGUUCAACAUAUUAUGGUAUAAUGUUGAUAUCUUCUAGUCUUGCUGGAGAUAGAUUCUUAAAUUUUUUCCUUGGUUCAGUUGUUGAAUACCCAGCAGCUUUCAUGGAAUGGGCGAUGAUAAACAGAUAUGGUAGAAAACCGACUUGUAUAGCAUUUCAUUGUAUAUGUGGAGUAGCACUCAUUACUGCUACAAUCCUGACAACAACAGCAAAUGGAAACUCGGCGAUGAUUUUGGGUUCAACAGUAUUUACUUUGAUUGGAAAGUUUGCAAUCACAGGGUCCUUUAGCACAAUAUUUCUGUACACUCCGGAAUUGUACCCAACCAAUAUGAGAAAUCUAGGCAUUGGCAUGUCGUCUGCCGCAGCAAGGAUAGGUGGAAUGUUGGCGCCAUUCUCGCGGAAUCUGGCGGAAGUGGCAGUCUGGGCACCAGGCUUAGUGUUCGGCAUUAUGUGCGCUAUUGUUUCCGUGACAAUGUUAUGGGUACCAGAAACAAAUCAGUACGAACUCCCUCAGACACUCGAGGAAUGCGAAAGAUGGUAUAAAGACAAUAGAUUUAAAGCACCUUGCGGUAGCAGACGGCAUCGUGAAAGAACCGAAUCCGACCAGCAAAUGUCAUAAUUAGAGGAUAUUGAAUGAGUGUAAGUUAAAUACUGAACGAGUUGUAUAAAGUUAUAUUUAUGCGAGCCUCAGGCGAGCAUUAUAUUAUUUUAAACAACGAGUUCAAUAAAUUCAGUAUUGAACUUAUACGAAUAUAAUAUUCUAUUUAUCCAAAUACUCCAAAUAAAGAGAGUUUAAAAUGAAAAAGAAUCAUUUUUUCAAUGACUCGCAUUUAAUUUAACGCUAACAUUUAGUGCGUCAUUACACUAGGUUUUUAUAACGCAAAUGACGUCACGUCAAAAAUAUAUGCACGACCGUGCAAUACCGUUUUUACGGAGUCGCAAAAUCGGCACGGGUAUGUGAUAAA